AACAAGGCCUUAAUUUAUGCUUUUUAUUCGGAUUUAUGUUGCUGUCAUCCGUUUCCUUCUGUCUAUAAUAUAUUUGUGAAGUCUGUGCGUCUGUUUGGCACGUUUUAAUUACUUGUUUAAGUGCGUUUAUUGUGGAGGAUCGUGUUAGAGGUGAAGUUUUAUCUCUACUCUCCGCCUCUUUAAGUGUGUGUGCCCUACAUCUGACUACUUUUGGUCUGUUUGCAGUUCAGUCUGUGCUCUGCCCCACAUUUAUUUGGCAAUUCUCUCCGCCGCCACUUGCCUGUGGCUGCGUAAAAGCCGCUGCUCCGCGCUUGGAUAUGUAGUUGUUAUGCGCUCACUAGGGUCUCCAAAAUGGACCUAAAAUCCGAGCUCCUCAAGUCUAUCUGGUACGCUUUUACAUCGCUGGACGUGGAAAAGUGUGGCAAAGUGUCUAAAUCGCAGUUAAAGGUGCUUUCCCACAACUUGUACACAGUGUUGAACAUCCCACAUGACCCCGUGGCUCUGGAGGAACACUUCCAGGAUGAUGAUGAUGGACCAGUGUCCAAUCAUGGCUACAUGCCCUACCUCAACAAGUAUAUUCUGGAUAAGGUCAAAGAGGGAAUGUUUGACAAAGAGAAGUUUGAUGACCUGUGCUGGAUGAUGACGAUGAAAAAGAACUAUAAGGGAGUCCCAGAGGAUGCACUGCUAUCUCAGAGAGACUGCUUUAAACUCUUCUGUUUAUUCAACCUGCUGUCGGAGGACCGCUACCCACUGGUGAUGAUCCCUGAGGAGGUGGAGUAUCUCCUCAAGAAAAUCUCCACAGCAAUGAAUCAGGAGUGGGAUGGGAAGCCCCUGGAAGAUUUAUUAUUUCAGGAUUCCACAGUUCAGGAUGAAGGCAUGUCAGUGUGGGCUUUCCUGGAGCACAUGGGUGCGGGUCGGCUGCUGAGGGUGACCAGUGCCGAAGCCUUCAGUCUGGCUUUGGAUGAGGUCUUUCUGGAGAUGUACCACAAUGUCCUGAAGAGGGGUUACAUGUGGAAAAAGGGGCACGUACGCAGGAACUGGACGGAGCGUUGGUUUGUGUUGAAGCCCACCUCCAUGGCGUACUACGUCAGUGAGGACUUAAAAGAUAAGAGAGGCGAGAUCCUGCUAGAUAAGAGCUGUGUGAUCGAGCCCAUUCCAGACAGAGAGGGAAAACGCUGUUUGUUCUGUGUGAAAACCCACAAUAAAACCUUUGAGAUGAGUGCGUCUGAUCAGAGACAGAAGGUGGAAUGGACUCAAGCCAUUCAGACUGCUCUCCGUCUCCAGAGUGAGGGAAAAUCCUCCCUGCACCAUGAACUCAAACUAAAGAGACGGGUCCAGCGGGAACAAAGCCAACGGGAGCGCAGCCGGAGCGCCCGGAGCAGCUGCAGCAGCCGGAGCAGCCAGUCAGACGACUCCAAUACCCAAGAAAUGGAGAAGAUGGAGAAAGAGAAAGACAGGCAGGAUCUAGAGAUAGAAAGCAUCAUUCAGCAUGCCCGUGAAUUGGAAACCAGACGAAGGGAGGCAGAGGAGAGAGAGAGAAGGAAACAGAGGGAGGUGCAAAUGGAGCUGGAGAGACAACUGAAAGAAGCAGAGAUGCUGAGAGACACUAUGCAGGCUGAGAUGCAGGAGAAGGACAGGGAGGCUGAGCAGCAAAAGAGAAGGAUCCAGGAGUUGGAGCUGACUCAGGAGAAACUGGAGGCUGCUCUAAACCUGGAGAUCCAGGCUCGGCUGGAGGAAGAGAGGGCUAAGCAGGACCUACAAAGGUUUCUGCAGGCUGAAGAGGAGAAGAAGAAGCAGUUCCACCUCCUCCAGGAGCAGCAGAGGGCCUUGCAGUGCCUCAGCCCCAUACAGGAGGUCUCAGACGGUGUGACGGAGGAUGACACCCCCUCAGCCCUCCACUCUGCCUCUCAGGAGCUUCAGGAUCUCCGUGCUUGUCGCCAAAGGAGCCACCAGCGCCUUGAGGAGGUACAAGAGAAGCUGAGGAAUGCCAGUCAACACGUACGGCACUGGAACGUCCAGCUGAACCGCCUGAUGCAGCCUGUCACACCUGCAGAACGUCUGGAACAUCGCCUCUCAUCUAGAAACAUGUGUCCCAAAAAGGAAGGUGCUCUAGCCAGUAAUGAAUUCAUCUCGAAAUAUAAAUCGAGAGCUGAUCAGAACAGUCAGACACCAGAGGACAGUGAGAGGCUCAAGAAGCAGAAUGAGGCUACCAACCUCUCGAACAGCUGGGAGAAAUCACAGGAAAAACCCAAUGGACAAAUGUGAAAUGUGACAGUUUGGGAAACAACUUUCACAUUUUCAACUCAUAAUGGAAAAAUGAAAUCCUCAUUUUUUUUAAGACCUGUAAGCUCAUUCAUUGAAAGAGGAGGGAGAAAAGUUGAGUAAAAUCUGAGAAAAUGGCUAAAGUGUUGCAAUAUAUUUAUAUUUUUAGAUGUUCACUACGAAUGAAAAGAAUGAUGUGAUGCAGGAAUGAAAAUAAACAGUUUCACUAUGAUCACCUGAGAUUUACAGUUUUGUCCAGUAGUGUGUGUACUAUAUAAUUUGAUGUGUGAUUAUUCUGUUGAACCCAAAUGAAUUAGUAUAACAUCUCUCAUUAAAACUAUCCUUUAUACUGUU